ACCCUUGUGAUGCAUAACAAUACUGCGCUAGAUUGAAAUGAAUUGGAGAACCAUGUUUUACAUUUGAUUCAAUCACAGCCAACCAUGCACGCUUUGGUAUGUCCACACCCCCUUUUCGUCGGCUAAAAGUGGCACAAAGACGCGCUGGCUUUAGGACUUUUUUACAAGUUUGGUCUUCCCCUUUAAAAGUCUGCAGCCCUAGCGGUGAUCAUUGGACUGAAAACUCUGCGGAGGGGAAGAUGAGAAUGAAAUAGCUUGAACAAGAAGCCGGGAUCAUGGCGGCACCGCUCGGGCGGGACACUCUACCUGACCACUGGUCCUAUGGAGUUUAUCGAGAUGGCAGGGUCUUCUUCAUCAAUGAUAAAACUCACAGCACUACUUGGCUCCAUCCCCGUACGGGUGAACCUGUCAACUCUGGACACAUGAUACGAUCAGAUUUACCACUGGGAUGGGAAGAAGGAUUCUCGGACGAGGGGGCCAGCUACUUCAUUGACCAUAACCAGAAGAGAACAUCGUUCCGACACCCUGUGACUGGACAGAUAUCUCCAGAAAACACUGAAUAUAUGCUCCACGACAAGACAGAGUCCCGGGGCAUGUCCAAGCCACCGCCACCGGCCAGUCAGAGGCCCCCCAGCAUGGUCAGCCAGACUUCCAAGGCUGUGACCUCAUCAACAGUGGAUGUCACCUCAGGGUCAAAGCCGCAGGGCUCUAGGAGUAGUGGCAAGGUACACAGCUUCGGCAAGAGGGACCAAGCCAUCAAGAGGAACCCCAAUAUCCCUGUGGUGGUCAGGGGAUGGCUCUACAAACAGGACAGCUCUGGAAUGAGACUAUGGAAGAGGAAGUGGUUUGUGUUGUCUGACUACUGCUUGUUUUAUUACAAAGACAGCAGAGAGGAGAUGGUUUUGGGGAGCAUCCCCCUGCCCAGUUAUGUCAUCGCCCCUGUGGAGCCUGAUGACCACAUCAGCCGCAAGUAUGCCUUCAAGGCGAGCCACACAGGAAUGCGCUCCUACAUUUACAAUAAGAACUCUGUGAUUGGCUCUCAGGCAGAGCACGGUGGGAUGAGGACGUACUUCUUCAGUGCCGACACCCAGGAGGACAUGAAUGGUUGGAUCCGAGCCAUGAACCAGGCUGCUCUCAUGCAGAGUCAAGGCAUCAAGAGAGAGGCAGUCACAGAGAGACCAGAAAUGUCACUGCAGCAGGCAGUACCACAGACCAACCACGUUAACAACAACAACACCAGUAAGAGCCCCUCCCAGUCACGUUCAGGGAGCCUCCAGCGGCCCGAGAGAGAGGAGCCUCCGGAGGGGGAGAUCCGACUGAGCCAGGGGGACGAGGAGAGGUACGUGUUGGAGGCUCCUAGAAAGCUCAGCCAUCCAGCCACGGAGGUAGAGGUAGAGGUGGACAGGCUCUCCCCAGACACUCUCCCUGGCCCCUCACACCCCAGGAAUGGCCAGGCCCACACAGUCCUCGCCACGCUGCCCCCUGAGCAGAAUGGCAACGUUGUGUAUAAGAGGGGCUUUGUCCCACGGACAGCCACAGAGAAGCAGGUGCAGAGGAAGACUGCUCUGGCUCAGGUGGAGCACUGGGUCAAUGUACAGAAGGGAGAUCCCAAGAGCAACACAUCUACUACUGAGUACUCCCUCCCCCUCCCUCGGCGGACCCCUCCCCUGCAGCCUAAGGCCGUGGUAGUAGAAGCCUACCAGACAUUGCCAAAGACCCCCAGACUCCCGUCUGGAGGGAGCUCCCCUUCGGCGCCCCGCAACCUGCCCAGCGACUACAAAUACGCCCACGACCGGCUCAGCCACUUCCGCAUGUCCACCGAUGAGCGCAUGGCCACCAAGGAGGGCAUGGUAUGGCAGCUGUAUGAGUGGCAGCAGCGCCAGCAGUUCCGCCACGGCAGCCCCACGGCGCCCAUCUACACCGGGCCAGAGUUCCUGGACACCUCCUCCUUCAGGGUCACUGUGGAGAUGCCUCGCUCCAUCUCUGUGCCUCCUUCCCCCUGUGAAGUCUCCCCAUCUGUCCCCACCUUCAAACCACUGUCCCCACACAGGCCACACACCCCCUCAGACAGGGUGACGGUCAGGCCGCUGGAUGAGGUGCCACCUGGGGAGUCGCCCACCGGCUCCAGUUCUCCUAGACGGGUGUUUUCUCAGCUCUCUAAGACUAGUCAGCUGGAGAGACGGUCAAUGCCAGCCAUGGGCUACAUCACACACACAGUCAGCGCACCAAGCUUGCAUGGGAAAACGCCGGAGGAGUUGACCCUGCUGCUCAUUCAGCUCAGGAGUCACCAGGCCAAGAUGGCUGGUGUCCACGGCGACGCCCUCCACCACCUACAUCACAACGGCCUCCUAGGCCCCAGCCUGCAGGCAGAUGAUACUUACAUGCAACUGAAGAAGGACCUGGAUUAUCUAGAUCUGAAGGUGGGCCCCAAGAGAAAAGAUCAUGUUACAGGCCGUGAAACUCUAAAAGACAGACCAUCGAGACCUGUUCAGAUAGCAGAGAGCGAUGUUGACGUGAAGUUAAGCCGACUGUGUGAACAAGACAAGAUCCUUCAGGAGCUGGAAACAACGAUACGCACGCUCAAGGAAGACAAGGACAAGUUGGAGUCCGUGCUGGACGUGUCCCACCAGCAGAUGGAGCAGUAUCGGGACCAGCCGGCCCAUCAGGAGAAGAUAUCCUACCAGCAGAGACUACUGCAGGAGGACGUGGUGCACAUCAGAGCUGAGAUCUCUCAGGUGUCCACGGAGAUGGAGAAUGCGUGGAAUGAGUACAGCAGCCUGGAGAGAAAUGUAGACUGGUUGAGGACAGCUCUGGAGGGCCAGAUGAACCGCAGUGGUCUCUCUCAGAAGGAGAAGUCCCAGAUCAAGAGGGAGUUGUGGAGGAUUGAAGACGUAAUAGCAGGCCUCAGCUCCAGCAAAGCCAACUACCAAGUCACCAUCUCCUCUGUGACCAACCCAGAGAGAAAACUUGUGCCUUCCGUGUCGCAAUCGUCAGUGCCUUCUCUGUCUGCCAGUCCCUCUCUGGGAGAGAUGAGACUGGCCCAGCAGCACAGCCCCCACCUCAGCCCCACAACCCCCACCUCCACCCAGCACACCACCGCAGCCCUCCCCAUAUCUGUGUCAAAAUGGGCAAAUGAGGGCGCCCCUCCCCGACCACCACUACCUCAGCUAUACAGUCCUGAGGACCACGCCCCCGCCGUGCCUCCGCUGCCCAGGGAAACCAGCGUCAUCAGACACACGUCUGUACGAGGCCUCAAACGGCAGUCUGACGAACGCAAGCGAGACAGGGAGAUCGGCCAAUACACCAACGAAGACAACAAGGUGGAGCUGCGCACCUUCCUGAGUGAACCUGAGCUUCUGGGAGUGGGAGGGUCUGGUCACAUGAGGAUGGGGGCCUUGGGGCAUGAUGGUGGCUACCAGACCCUGCCAAGCAGAGGGCCGGUUGGCUCCUCAUCCAGGCUAAAUCAGUCCACCAACAUCUCCUCAUAUGUUACCCUCCGAAGAGGAGCCUCAGCCGCCUCAGGCCUGAAGGAGAGACCAAAGAGUGCCUUGGAGCGUCUGUACUCUGGGGAUGUGCUGCAGCAGCAGAGCAGGGGGAGGAUGAGUGCUGAGGAGCAGCUGCAGAGGAUGAAGAGGCACCAGAAAGCUCUGGUCCGCCAGCGCAAGAGGACCCUGAGUCAAGGAGAACGCCAGGCCUCUUCAUCACGAGCUUCCUCCUCCUCAUCAUCACAGCAACGCCCGCUUUCCGCAGACCUGGGCUCAUGGAGGCGAGAGCAGGAGUUUGACCUGCAGUUGCUGGAGCGGGCGGUGCAGGGGGAGGAGGCGCGGGGCGUGGUCCAGGGUGAGGAGUGUCCAGCAGAGCACAGUGAUAGACCUCGGUCCCAGUCAGAUGAGUGGCUGACCCUCCGCUCUACAGCCACUUCCACACUUACCCAGGAGGUGGAUCUGGAGACGCUGGACUAUGACCUGGACCUCAGCCGAGAGCUGGCCAAACCUCAGAAGGUGUUAAUCCCUGAGCGCUACAUAGACACAGAGCCUGAGGAACCUCUCAGCCCUCAGGAGGUGGAGGCUCGCCAUCGCAACAUGGAGCGCAUCAAGAACAUUCUGGCCAAGUCCAGUGUUCAGAUCCUGGCGGGGCCCUCUGUGGCGGUGGAACAGCCAGAGGUGGUGGGUCUGGACUCAGCCCUACUGAAGCAGGAGAGGAUCAUCACCAUGUCUUAUGCCCUGGCCUCAGAGGCCUCCCUCAAGAGCAAGCAGGUCGCAGUAGUACCACUGCAACCUAAUAUCCCCACCGUGCCUCCUCCUCCACCUCCUCCUCCUCCACCUCCUCCUCCUCUUCCUCCUGUCUCUCAGGCACCUCCCCCUCCUCCUCCUCUAAGCAACGGAUUUCACUUCUCGUUUGUCUAAUCAGAGAAAACAAACCAAUGCGCUUUCUGGACACUGAGGUGCUGUUCCAUGAUGACAAUACAACCUGGAUUCUUGAAGAAAGAAAGACUUUGUUUGGUGCUGACAGUUCCACUGUUAUACAGUAGAUGAGUGUUAGUGAACAUUUAACCUGCCCUCAGUAGCACGCAGCAGGACUUACUCGCUGAUGCAUUUUUAGGAGCUAAAAUGAAGUAACUAUUUUCUUAAGAAAAUGUAUGCCUGCCGUGAAAGCUGCUGUGCAUAUUAACUUUGGAAGUGUCUAACAGAUGUUAAUCUCAUAAUAGAAAUGGUUUAUACAUGUUAUUGCACUUUUAGCAUUAUACUGUAGAACUGAAAGAGAUAUUUUCAAGGUGAGAAUAUUUUGUCUUGCAGUGUGAUCUGAAUUUGGAGGGAACUUGUAUUUUUUCAAAAAAAGUUAAUGAGAGUAUUCACCAACUGGAAGGUUGAUAUGAACAUGAUAAGGUACUGAACAUGUGUCAUGUUGAUUGUAUUUUUGUCAAAACUCAGACGAUAUUCUUACACCAAAUCACUUGAAAUGUAAUUUGUGUUUGUAUCUAGCACUGCCAGUCUCUUAAUGGCUUGCCAAAUGGAUGUUUAUUUUUGCUUAAAACAUUGGGAGGAGAAUAACAUUGAACAUAAUAUUUUCUGGAUGGCUUGGGCAGGUUGCACAAUGAUACUUAUUACAAAUGUAAAUAUUAAAGAUAUUAACAUGA